CCGGCUUAUUGAAAUUUCACAUUUUGUGCUUCUCAUUUAGUGUUAUUGCACAAGCAAUUUCUGUUUGGAAGCUGUUUUUACCAUUCCAUGAUGAGCGACCGUAAGAAAGCACUGUUUAUUUGUCUCGGUAAUAUUUGCCGAUCGCCAAUCGCUGAAGCGGUGUUUCUUAAGAUCGUUAACGCAGCUGGUGUUGCUGACCAGUGGGAGGUAGACAGUGCAGCCAUCGGAUCCUGGCAUGUAGGCCGCUCUCCCGACCAUCGAGCACUGGCAACUAUGAAAAAACAUGAUCUUCCGUACAGCAACAAAGCGCGACAGAUCACGAAAGCGGACUUUGACCAUUACGACUACAUUUUUGGCAUGGAUGGAGAAAACAUAACAGACCUUAAGGAGCGGGCUCCGCGCGGAGAGUGCAAAGCUAAAAUUUUGUUACUCGGUGACUUCGAUCCUCAGCAACCCGGAGCAAUUAUACGUGAUCCUUACUACGACAAAGGAUCGGAAGGAUUCGAACAGUGCUACGUGCAAUGCGUACGGUGCUGUGAGUCAUUUUUGGCGAAAUCGCAAAAAGACGAGGUCUAACAAUAUCGCUUAACGGAAGGUUAAUCAUUUUCUGUUUUGGUGUUUUACAUUUUUCUGAUUCAUUAAUGUAACUUACAAAGGUUCAAGAUUUAACAAUAUUCAAUAAACCAUUGUCGAGCUUGUUCCAAUUUUUACUUCUUAUGCAUCGAGCUUGAAGUUA